AUGCCAAGUUUAGCUCAAUAUCCUAAGGACAUUUCACGACUACCGAUUGCCUUGCAAAAUGCAACCGCAUAUCUCUCGUUAACCAAGUUCCCCAAAGGACCCCCAGACAUCCGAAACGGACAGUUUUUGCCUCCGUUGGCUCCCGAGUUUAGCGGACGGAAAACACUCGUCUUGGACAUGGACGAGACGCUGAUGCACUGUGCGACGCAUCCGCUGAAAACGGAGCCGGCAUUUCUGGUCCGAUUCUCCGAUACCAAUCUCCUGGGACAAGUCUACGUCAGGCCAUAUACAAAACUCUUUCUCGAUCUGGCGUCACAGAUCUGUGAGGUUGUCGUCUUCACAGCCAGCACUCAAUCUUACGCGGAUCAGGUUCUCGCGCACCUGGAUCCGGAUUGCCGUUUUGUUCAUCACCGCCUUUACCGGCAGCACUGCACAAUAAUUAAUGGCGGUUUUGUCAAAGACCUGCGCCUUCUCGGAAGGGACGUCUCGCGAGUAGUCCUCGCUGACAAUUCGCCAAUCAGCAUGGCGCUGCAGCCGGACAACGGCGUCCUUGUCUCCAGCUGGAUAAACGACGACAGCGACAGCGAACUCAUGGACCUUCUCGUACUCCUCCAGCAUAUGACCCGCGUGAAGAGUGUGCCGCGAUACCUCCGCGAGCGCUACGGUUUGCGAGACUGGAUCAAUGGCCACCGCAAAGCAUGCGGGCCUCUGUGA